AUGGGCUUUGAGGAGCUCCUGGCCACGGUGGGUGGCUUUGGGCCAUUCCAGCUGCGGAAUCUGCUACUAAUGGCCCUGCCCCGAGUUCUGCUGCCCAUGCAGAUCCUCCUGCCUGUCUUCAUGGCUGCCGUGCCUGCCCACCACUGUGCCCUGCCUGGUGCCCCUGCCAACCUCACUCAGCAGGACUUGUGGUUGGAGGCCCAUCUACCAAAGGAAACUGAUGGCAGCUUUAGCUCCUGCCUCCGCUUUGCCCAUCCCCAAGUUCUCCCCAAUACCACCUUGGGGACAGAGGCACAAAGCUCUGGGGGGCCUGAGGGAGAGCCCUUCACAGUGCCCUGCUCUCAGGGCUGGGAGUACGACCACUCAGAAUUCUUCUCCACCAUUGUAACUGAGGCCCAGUGGGAUUUGGUGUGCGAGCAGAGAGGACUGAACAAAAUCACAUCCACCUGCUUCUUCGUUGGCAUGAUUCUGGGGGCUGUGGUGUUCGGAUACUUGUCUGACAGGUUUGGCCGUCGCCGGCUUCUGCUGGUGGCCUAUGUGAGCUCCCUGGUGCUGGGCCUGGCAUCUGCGGCCUCAGUCAACUAUAUCAUGUUUGUCAUCACCCGAACUCUCACUGGUUCAGCCUUGGCUGGUUUCACCAUCAUUGUGUUGCCACUGGAGCUGGAGUGGCUAGAUGUGGCACACCGCACUGUGGCUGGGGUCAUCAGUACCAUCUUCUGGACGGGAGGCGUGCUGCUGCUGGCACUAGUUGGGUACCUGAUACGGAGCUGGCGGUGGCUUCUGCUAGCUGCCACCCUGCCGUGUGUCCCAGGCAUCAUUAGCAUCUGGUGGGUACCUGAGUCUGCACGAUGGCUUCUAACCCAGGGCCGUGUGGAGGAAGCCCAAACAUACUUGUUCCGCUGUGCUGAGCUGAAUGGGCGGCCUGUGGGUGAGGACAGCCUGAGCAAGGAGACCCUGAACAAAGUGGUCACCAUGGAGCGGGAGCUGCAAAGACCCUCAUACCUAAGCCUGUUCCGAACGCCGCAGCUCCGACACAUCUCACUGUGUUGCAUGGUGUUGUGGUUUGGAGUGAACAUUUCCUACUAUGGCCUGACUCUGGAUGUGUCUGGACUGGGGCUGAACGUCUACCAGACACAGCUGCUGUUAGGGGCUACGGAGCUGCCCUCCAAAAUCACAGUCUACUUCCUAGUGCGUCAAGUGGGACGCCGCUUCACGGAGGCUGGAAUGCUGCUGGGUGCUGCUCUGACCUUUGGUAUCAGCAUGCUGGUAUCUUUAGAGACCAAGUUCUGGAUCACUACUCUGGUGGUAUUGGGCAAAGGGUUUUCUGAAGCAGCCUUCACUACCGCCUACCUGUUUACCUCUGAGUUGUACCCUACUGUGCUCAGACAGACAGGAUUGGGAUUCACCGCACUCAUCGGCCGGCUAGGGGCCUCUUUGGCCCCACUGGCAAUCUUGCUGGAUGGAAUAUGGCUGAUGCUGCCCAAACUUGUUUAUGGUGGAAUUGCCCUGCUGGCUGCCUGCACUGUACUCCUGCUGCCUGAGACGAAGGUGGCACAGCUGCCAGAGACCAUCCAGGAUGUGGAAAGAAAGAGGAAGAAGAUAUGCAAGUCCGGAACUGAGACUAAAGACAGCCCUCCAGAGGGGCUCUACAGGAGCUGGGAACAGAGGGCAGGCAUCCCUAUGCCUAAGGAUGGAGUUGCCACUGGUAACAGGACAGCCACCUGGAAAGCCCUGGCUGUUGGCGAUUUUGGGCACCUCUCAUGCCUGGGGAUUCUGUAA